UUUGUCCUGUCUGUCAGAAAGCAGAAGGAAGGUAAUUAUGACCUGGUGUCUGGUACUCGAUACCGAGGCAACGGAGGCGUGUACGGCUGGGACCUGCGCAGGAAACUCAUCAGUCGGGGAGCCAACUUUUUAACUCAAGUGUUGCUGAGACCCGGAGCUUCAGACCUCACAGGCAGCUUCAGGUUGUAUAAGAAGGCUGUGCUGGAGAGUCUGGUGGAGCGGUGCGUGUCCAAAGGCUACGUCUUUCAGAUGGAGAUGAUCGUCCGCGCCAGACAGCUCAACUACACAAUCGGAGAA